GUGUCGCUGACUAGAUGUAAACAGAGUGAUAGCCAUGGGAUAGAUCGCACGAUUUCGAACAAAAUCAAUCUGAAAUUAGGCUUUCUGAAAUGGAUUUCACUGAAAGCUAUCCAGAUUCGUCUUCAUCAGUAGCUCUAGCUGCACGUACAGGUGAUUUAGUAACACUGAAACGACUUGUUGGCCAAGGAAAAUCCAUUGAAUCACAAGAUAAUCGUGGAUGGAGACCUAUUCACGAAGCUGCCUGUUGGGGUCAUGUCGAAUGUCUCAAAUUUCUUGUGACUCAUAGUAACACUCACAUAAAUGCCUACACCUUUGAGGGCCAAACUGCCCUGUGGAUUGCUGCAGAUAACAAUUCUCUUGAGGCAGCUGAAAUACUGUUAGAAGCAGGUGGUCUUGUCAACCUUCCAAAUAAUGAAGAUGUUUCACCUCUUCAUCGUGCUGCAUCUAAAGGAUUCAAAGAAAUGACUAACCUUUUGAUUACAAAUGGAGCCAAUGUAAAUCUCACAGACUAUGGAGAUUACACCCCACUUCAUGAAGCUGCCAUACAGGGACAUUUCUCAGUUGUUGAAGUACUGCUUGAUAAUGAAGCUGACAAAACUGUACAAGAUUCUCAUGGAAGAACUCCUCUAUUUUGUGGUGCCCAAAGUCACAGCUGUCAAGUGGUGAAACUCCUUUUACAAAAUACUCCACCAUCAUUAAUUAAUUUGAGGGCACAUGAUGGUGCCACAACUAUCAUGCUAGCAGCCCAGUCAGGCUGUUUGGAAUGUGUUAAACAACUUGCUGACCAUGGUGCAAACCCAAAUUUGAAAGCCAAUGAUGGUGUAAUGGCAGUCCAUUUGGCUGUCAUUGGAAAUCACAACAUGGUACUGAGAUAUCUGCUUGGGAUAACAGAUUACACCUUGAUUGAACAAUCGUGUGCUUUUAAUCAGCAUGGUCACACUCACCGCACAUUGUCGGGGUUGAGUUGGAGUUCUAGAGACAUUGAAUCGGUUAACAUUUUUGUUCUGGCUGUCACCUACGGGCGAUGGGACCUUAUUGAAGUUCUGAUGGAAGAAGGACUAAAACCGGAUUUUUUCUCAUUUCCAAUGAAUUUCAACAACGUCGGUGGAAAUGAGCUUCGUGGCCUGGGUUACAAAUGGCUUACUCCACUAAGUUUCGUGCUUUCGUAUUCGCCAUUUGAUGACGUAUCUCUUGAAACCGUAAAGCUUCUUGUCAGAAAAGGUUCCUCUAAUGCGAACGCUAUUCAAACUGGGUUUGUGCCGCCAUUGUUCGCGCUAUUAGCUUUAGCUAAUUGGGAAGAAUUUCCAGAAAAAGUUCUUGAUGCACUACAUUUCCUCGUUCAAGAUUGCAAUGUUCUUCGAGUGACGCCAGAGGAAUUAUCGAAAGUGAUGCGGCUUGCACUGCGAAUUAAUCCCUGUGCGUUUCAACAAAUACUACACCUCGGAUAUGUUGUAGACUACGACGUCCUUAUGAAAGAAACAUGUCGUAUUGUCGUAGAUACCGAAGUGGUUCACCCUUUUCACGCUAAAGCUUUUGCUGCAUUAAAUGAGGCUGGAUUUUCUGUAGCAGGAAAUGUAAAAACUCUCAAACAGCUGUGCCGCAAAGCGAUCCAUUCCGGGUUGAAAUUCCGUCGAACCUCAUUUCCUAUUCCAGAAUUAAAUUUGCCUCUUCCUAAUUCCCUUGUUAAUUAUCUUUGUUUUAAGGAAGUGAAUUUCUAAACAAAAAUAAAUGUUUUAAAACUGUA